AAGAACAAUCUCUCAAUCUUUCUAUGUGUUGUCUUCUGCAUGAUUAGCCAUGUAUACGGCGACAUCAGGAUUGCGAACGAACUCAAAUUCAAUAAAUAUCUCUGGAUAAGUUGUUUCUCCGGAGACGACCGAAUGGAGCCAGUGAUUAAGAAACCAGGAGAACACCAUCGUAUUUACUUCCGCACCAACUUUUGGGGGACCACGCGUUUCAUGUGUACGUUGAGACAAGGACCUAACUAUAGACACUCUCAGAGCUUCACAGCUUUCAAACAGGUAAGUCCCAGCGAUAGGGGAACCUUGUGGGAUUGGAGAGCCAGAGAAAAUGGUAUCUAUUUGAAAGUGUGGGAGGACGAGUUUUCUCAAGGCGAGACCAAUAUGCAUAAGGCGUUUAAUUGGAUUUACUAG